UGCCCAACUUGAGGAACUUUAAAGGGGCCUGGUUUUCAGAAAGUGCUGAGCCACCUGGUUAUGAUGUGAUUCUUUGAUCUACGUCAGGGGUCGGCACGCGUGCCAUAGGUUGCCUACCCCCGAUCUACACAUUCCAAUCUGGGGGCUAGUCUGGAUUUAUUUCUGGAUGUUUUCUAGAAAGCUGAUCUUGCUGUUAAGGCAUUGAGUUAGGAUUUAGGGACUUGAGCAACCCACUUUCCCACCUCAUCAUGAUCAUAUGGCAACCCCCAUGAUGGGAUGGUUGAGAUAAUCAAGAGAACACUCCACGGUGAGUAAAGUGGACAUAGUUUCUGCUGUUAUUGGCUGAAGGCCUUCAACUGUAUUGUGACAUGUCUGUUGUGAGGUCAUCAAGGUGUAUGCAGGGGCUGCAGACUGCAUUGAUCAAGAGAGGCGGCAGGAGGAACAGCUGCCACUUCCAGCCCAGCUGAGUGAGGGGGACCCAGGGAAUGGGGUACCACCAGCCCUGCUGAGAACUUGAUGCACCGAUGACGUUACUCACCCUGUUGAGGGAAACCUGCAUCAAAGAAGGGCUUACCACCAGCUCUGCUGAGGGGAAUUUUAUGAGAGGUUACCAGCCUAUGAAGAGAAUCCCUCUUGGGCAGAGUGUAACAUCAUGGAGAAGAAUUCACCCAAGCCUGCAUUGAAACACCCAGCAAUUGGUAUCGACUUGGGCACCACUAAAUCCUGCGUGGGCCUCUUCCGAGACGGCAAGGUGGAAAUAAUUGGCAACAACCAGGGCAUCCGCACCACGCCCAGCUGCGUGGCCUUCACUGAGACGGGGAGGUUGAUAGGGGAUGAGGCAAAGAACCAGGCAGCCCUCAACUCUCCUAACAUCAUAUUCAGUGCCAAGCGCUUGAUUGGCCGAACGUCUGAAGACCCUGUUGUGCAGGCAGAUGCGGCGUUCUGGCCCUUCCAGAUAGUGAAAGCUGAAGGAAAGCCCCAGGUGCAGGUGUCCUACAAGGGAAAGGAGAAGGUUUUCUACCCAGAGGAGAUUUCUGCCAUGGUGCUGGGCAACUUGAAGGAGAUGGCUGAGGACUACCUGGGCCAUCCCAUCACCCAUGCCAUUGUUACUGUGCCAGCCCACUUCAAUGACUCCCAACGCCAGGCCACCAAAGAUGCUGGGGCGAUCGCUGGCCUCGAGGUGCUGAGGAUCCUCAGUGAGACUACAGCUGCCGCCCUGGCCUACAGCCUAGACAACCCUAGCAAUGGAGAACACAAUGUGCUUAUCUUUGACCUGGGCGGAGGAACCUUCAAUGUCUCCGUCCUCACCAUGGAUGGGGGCAUCCUCGAGGUGAAGGCCACCUCUGGGGACACCCAUCUGGGAGGGGAUGAUUUUGACAACUGCCUGGUGAGCUUCUUCAUAGACGAAUUCCUAAAGAAACAUCAGGAGGACAUCAGCAAGGACAGGAGGGCCGUGUGGAGGCUCAGGAGGGCUUGCGAGGCAGCCAAACGCACCCUGUCCUCCAACAUCAAAGCCAGUAUCGACUUGUACUGCCUGUACAAAGGGAUCGAUUUCCACGCAGACAUCACCCGGGCCCAGUUCGAGGAGCUGUGUGCUGACCUCUUCCGAGGGACCCUGAAGCCCGUGGAGAGGGCGCUGCAGGAUGCAAAGCUGAGCCAAGCUCAGAUCCAUGAUGUUGUCCUGGUGGGUGCCUCCACCCGCAUCCCCAAGAUCCAGGAACUGCUGCAGGAUUUCUUUGGCGGCCGGCAGCUGAACAAAAGCCUCAACCCGGAUGAAGCUGUCGCCUAUGGGGCAGCUGUUCAAGCCGCCAUCCUGAUCGGAGAGAGGUCAGAGGUCACGAGGGGCCUGCUCGCCCUGGAUGUGGUGUCCAUGUCUCUGGGGAUUGAGACGGAUGCAGGGAAGAUGCACACCCUGAUCAGACGCAACACUGCCAUCCCUGCGGUGGUAACUCGGACCUUCACCACCUUCGAUGACCAUCAGCCUGACCUGCUCAUCCGUGCCUAUGAGGGGGAGAGAGCUACUGCCAAGGAGAACCACCUGCUUGGCCGUUUCCGUUUGAAGGACAUUUCCCCUGCCCCCCGUGGCAUGGUCUUGGUGGAGGCGACCUUCUAUAUUAACGCAGAUGGCAUCCUGACUGUGUUUGCCGUGGACAAAGUCGCUGGCAAUGCCAACCCCAUCACUGUGGAUGCCAACAAGGGGCGACUGAGCAGAGAGGAGAUACAGAAGUUAGCGGCGGAGGCUGAGAAAUACCGAGCUGAGGACAGGGCACAGAAAUGGAAAUUGGCCACCAAGAACUACCUUCAGUCCUGCGCUUUCAGCAUGAAGCGGACCUCGGAAGAUAUCCUUAACUACUUCACCUUGCAGGCCAAGAAGAAGGUGAUGGAGAAAUGUCAGCUGGCCUUCUCCUGGCAGUCCAACUGGAUGGCUGAAGAGGAGGAGGUCACGCCCUAUGAAAAUGGUCUCGGGGAACUCCCUCCCAGGACUUAAACGCCUCAGUAACAGCACCACGGGCAUCAACAGAACAAAACCAAACAAGUUCGUGGUCACCACUUGCAGCUGGACUUUCCAGUUUACCCAAACUACCACUGUGAUCUACCCAUAGGAAGUCCUAGCAGAGACCAAGGAAGCUAGGCUGGCUGGUUGCUGUUGAUUUACCUGGAUUUACCAUCUGAUAGAGCCAAUUCAUAAAUGGGACCCCUCCAUGAAUAACAGCCAUCGGCCUCAAUAAAUUCUGCUUCUCCUA